UUAAAGCGUCGUCUCUUGGCUUGUGUCCGUCAGCUACGAGACUCAGUCCUCACAAUGCUACCGCACUUUCUGCAGCUGUCAAUUCUCCAACUGGUUUCUAUGCUUGUUGUAGUGAAUGGAGCCACUCCUAACAAAGUACCCAAUUCUGUGGCAUGCACCGGCGGUAGGACAAUUCAGUACAAGGAGCUUGUCUCGGACCUCGAAGCUGCCCCAGUAGCACGCGCUUGGGGUUGCCCCAGCCGGCAUGUCGGCAAGCAUCGUGUUACGGAUGGAGAAAAGAGGGGUCACUCAGGUUAUAUCCUGACAUACUACACCCAAGUUUCUGGCGACUACACAGCUAACAUUUUUUGCCACAUGAGCCUAGAUGGCCAACUUUGCCACUAAUAAAAGCAUCAUUAACAUACGUCACACGACGUCGACAAAGUUUCACGCAUCUUUGGAAGAGAAACAAGCUUUGCCUUUCCAUAUUUCUUACGCUGCGCGUAAUAUC